AUGAACCACCACGCUCUGCGUGCGCUACCUCGAGCCUCAGUCGGCGCUCCGGCCUCCCUCCGGACCGUCUCUGAAAUUACCAGACUGUACGCCACCCAAGGGAACUUCGGCGACGGCCUUAAACCGAAGAGGAGGAGCGUUACAGUCUUGUCGGAUGAUGGACGAUAUGCAUGGGGCGAUUUAAGUGGACGAGAGAAGGUCGCACGAGCAACACAGCAGUCCUUCAACUUUGUGAUCGUGAUCGCAGGUGUGGUCCUUACAGGCGGUGUCUUCACACUUUUAUACCAAGAGGUCUUUUCGCCAAACAGCGGGACAUGGCAGUUCGAGAAGGCAGUCGAGCGCAUCAAGGAGGAUCCCCGGUGUACCAAGCUUCUCGGUGACCGACGAGAAAUCAAGGCAUACGGUGAAAAUACCAACAGCCGAUGGGCCAGAAGCCGACCUAUUGCGACUACUCAUGAGAAAGACCGCUUAGGUCGCGAGCACCUUCGGAUGAAUUUCCAUGUUGAAGGGCCUCUCAACUCAGGUGUUGUCCAUGUGCAUAUGAUCAAGCAUUUGGACAAGAACGAGUUGGAGUAUCAGCUCCUUGCUCUUGACGUCAAGGGCCACUCUCGCAUUAUUCUGGAGAAGGCCUCAGAGAGACCGAGCGUAGCGAGCUCCCUGAAGCUUUUCGGUAUUCAGUGGCGAUGA